AUGGAUGAUUCUCUUGAUAAAGUGCAUUAUGAAUUUGAGAAUUUCCUGGUCAAAAUUUCAUCCAGUUCAAUAGACAGAACAUCACUGUGGUCAAAUCUACGAAGUUUUCUAAUUGACCUCGUAAAUAAAAAUAAAAGAUAUGAACCUGUUACGAAAACAUUGAGAUUAAUCGCGAAAAUUAAAUCCCAACAUGAUUUUAAUACAUAUUUAUCCGAGAAAACCUUCUACAAACUCUUUCCUUCCACUCAAUACAAAUAUCAUCUUGAAUCUAAGCAAAAAGAGCAUUGUUCAAAUGUAAAAAUUCGACCUCCAACGACAGAAUAUACAUCAAAACGUCAUAAUUACAAGGCAAAUAUCAAAGAAAUCGAUCUAACGAGAUUUAAUCCAAGGCGUCAUUCUUCAAAAUCAGUACCAACCAAGGAAAUUGAGGAAGAAUCACGACCAAAUACUGCACGGAGAUUAAGAAAAAUAGAAACAGAGUUUUUGGAAACUCCAAAAAUUGAAAAUUCGCAAAAUAUACUAUUAUCAACUUCAUUUCGAAGGACAAUUAAAAUGUCAGACAAUAUAAAAGAUGACAUGCAAGCUAUACAACAGUUUUCUGCUGCAAAUCCUGAAACAGACGAUACUUUAUUUCAUUACGGAUCUCUUGAUCAUUCAAACAGAUAUUCUUUCGAUGUAGUUAAAGCACCACCAAUUUCCAAUACAGAUUAUCAAACAAUUUCAAGAAAAGGAGUAUUUCAAAUUUCUCAAUCUGGAGCUUCCGAAUUUAUACCAAUAGACGUAUAUAUAAGAUCGAAAAUACAAUAUGGAAUGUUGCAACCGAUCCAAUUAUUCAGCCAAUUCAAAACUUACAAAACAUUUUUUUUAUGGAAACUUCGGACAGAAGAAAAGAAGUUUUUGAAACAGAAAAACACUUUCUCAGUUAUAGGUUGGAAUGCUCGACCAUCAUUUCCUAAUACUUUAUUAGAAUUUCGAAAAAUUUUAUAUGAAUUUUAUAAUCUCGAAUUUUUCUUAGUACAAAACACGAACAAUCACGAAUUCGAUGUCGUCAAACACAUAUUUGAUACAAAAGUUGAUGAAUUGAAAGACUUUGUUUACGAAAAAUCGAAAAAAAUCUACAAAAUUUUAGAUGAUUUUUGUUUUGUUAUAAAUAACAAAUAUCAUUUCAUGACAACACCAAGAAGCAUAGAUUUCAUAACAGCAGAGAAAAUACCACAAGCAUUAUUAGCUGGAGGUGCUCUAGCUUAUAAGGCUUCUUUAAGUAUUGCUGCAGAAAGAGAAAUUGAAAAACAACAUAAAAGUGACACAGAAUAUUGUUUGACAAAUGUGAAUCAUCUAAAAAACUUCUUGAAAAUGUGUGAUAAAAUGAUGAUUGAAGUUUUCACAACAUUGUUCGAACGAGAAAUGAAUAAGUUGUUUGAUCUUUUUCGUAAUCAAAAUUCAGAACAUUUUUUCAGAGUUUUUUUAGUUUACGAAACCGAAAAAAUUUCAUUUAGUCCAACUCUCAAAGAUUUAACAGAGUUAUUUAAUAAUUACAUCAAGAGCUUAGUAAAUAUAUUUGAUGGUUUCGUGAGACCUUUAAAAAUCGAUUCAACAGGAAAACACAAAAUUCAAAAAUGUGAAAAUGUUUGUCAAUUUUUAGAGAAAAACAAAAUUAUUUUAAACAUAAGAGAAGAAAUGAGAAAAGAAAUCGAAUUUUCUUAUGAAGAUGCUGUUAAAUCAAGUGAGUUAUAUCUAGAACCUGCACAUCAAAUCAAUUUAUUCAAAAACAAUUGGCACAAAAUGAGGGAAAUUGUAAACGAUCCUCAAAAAUUUGUCCAAAAUUUGACAGAUUUUACAAAUCUCAAAGAAUCUGUUAAAAAAUUACAUUCGAAUUAUCAUCAUAACAAAAUAAUUUUGGAUGCAAGAACAUUGAAACAAGAAUUAAUUGAAAUCACUGAUAAUUUGAUACAAGAUAAUAAUUCCAUCUUGUUUUCUAAUUUUAGAACAAUUUGUGAGAACAUAAUUGAAGAUGUCAAACAUAUCAUUUCUACUUUAGAACUCAAAGGAUAUAAUUUAGAAAACAUUGCCGAGUUUAAUUUGAAUAUUUCGAAUGCGAUUGUUUUUAUUCCUGAAUUAAACAAAAAUACAACAAUUAUUAAUGGAAUUAUUGAUCGAGCAAUACAAUGCGGGGAACUUUUGUUACCUGUUUUGAGUCAAUCUCUUGAAGAAGUUAAAGAAAUAACAAACGAAUUUGACAAAAAACUUACAAGAGCUCAGAAUUUAAUGGAAGGAGCAAAAAUCAGAGCUUUGAACGAAUUGAAAGAGAAACAGAAAGAAAUUGAUUCUAAAAUUAAAACAUUAGAACGCCAAAUGAAACGUCAAUUCGCUAUUUGUAAUGUAAAUCAAUCUCCUGAAGUUGCAAUUUCUGAUAUAAAUCAGGCUUUGUCAAAUUUAGAAAAUGUCAAAGUAAUGGUUAAAGAUUUCACUUCUGUUUCAAGUAGAAUGAACUAUUCUGAUUAUGAUUUCUCUAGUUUAAAGACAGUAGAAAACGACUUAAAAGUCAUUUUGCAUCAUUGGAAAUAUUAUCAAGAAUUUACUGUUAAAUUGAAAUCGAUAAUUGACAAAAGAAUGGUCGAUUGUAACUUACCUUCUUUGAUUGAAUUCAUUAAUUCUUAUUCGGAAAGGGAGCUUCGAUCUGUUAACCAUGUUUUGUAUGACAAAAUGGCAUAUGUUUAUGAAAAUAUCGCUCAGUAUUUACCAUUUUUCACAACAAUCUCAAAAAUAGAAAUGAAUGAUGUCAGAUGGUCAAAUAUUUGUGAUAUUUGCGGUUUGAAAUUUUUUGAAAUCAAACCUUUAUUCGUUUUAGAAUUUCUCAAACCAGUAUUUAUCAACAAAGUUGAUGAGAUCAGAGACUUCAUCAUAACAAUGCAACAAAGAGAAAACUUAAUGAAACAUUUCAACGAAAUGAUUGAAGAAUGUUCGAAUUUGAGUUUUAAAUUUGUAAACUCAAAAAUGGCUGGCAAAAAUAUUGUUACUUUUCCUUGUUUAUACGAUGCAAAUCAAAUAUGCGAGAACUACAUGUUGUACUUGAAAGGACUUAAGAAUAAUGAUUAUUUCGACUCAAUUAGAUUACAAUCAAAAGAAUGGACAGAAAAAUUAAACAUUGCAAUCAAAAUUUUGACAAAUUUGAGGUCAUUUCAAACAGAUUAUGUUUAUGUUUUAAGUAUCACGAAGAAUUUAUUUGGAAGUUUCCAUUAUCCUUAUUUAUUCCAAAAACUUAAAUUUGUCAAUAAUUUUUAUGACACUUUUAUGAGUCAAGUUUCGAAAAACCAAACUGUUUUUAGUUUAGUUCCAGAACCAGAGAAAAGGUUCAAUGAACAAAUUGAUGAUACAGCAGCAUUCUCGUCUAAAUCAAGUUUGGAUUUCGUAAUGUCAGGAAAUAAAGAUAAAACAAAAGUGUCAAAUGACGAUAAUCAGCCGAUAACGGAUCAGAAAAAUGUUAUUGGAGAAUUAUUAGUAAAUUGUUUAAUUGAAGGCAAGAAAAGAUGCCAAACUAUUAUGAAAUUGAUACAUCCUUUGUUAGACCAACAGAGACAGCUUUAUCCAAGAUUAUAUUUGUGUAAUGAUGAUGAAUUAAUUGGAAUAAUCAUUGCUUGUUCGAAUUUGAGAUUUUCUCAAAAUGAUUUCAAACCAAUUUUCCCAGCAAUUUCGAAAUUCCACAUUUCUAUGGCAGACAGCGAAAGAUUACUUGGAAUUUCAAAUAAAUUAGGUGAAACUUAUUCGUUUUCAAGUGAAUUCAUUGUUCCAAAACUUUCUUUUACCGAAUUAUUGAUGAAAAUAGAAAGUGAACUGAAAAAUACUGUGAAAGGAUCAAUUUCUGAUUGUUUUAGUACAAGAGAUUAUACUGAUUUAACAAAAUUAUAUGAGAAAUAUCCAUUACAAGCAAUAUUAGUAUCAGAAUCCGCCUUCUUUAAGAACCAACUCAAUGAAAUAAUGUUGAAAGAUUUCACAAGAAAUGAUUUUACUUUUUUGAGGAUAAAAAUCGAAGAAAGUAUCAAAAACUUAAGAGAUGAAAUGAAGAGAAAACCAGAGUUUACAACAAAACUCGCCAACAUUAUAUCAUUAAAACUCAGACAAAGAGAAAUUGCAACAGAAAUAGAAAACCAUUUUAUUAUGGAUAACAGAGAUUUCAUGUUAAACAAACAUUUGUGGAUCAAUAUUUCUCAAAUUGCUUCUGCAGAAUUAGUCACAAUUUCAUAUAUGAAUCAAUCAUUGACAUAUGGAUAUGAAAUGAUUGAUAAUCCUUCUAUUAUUCCUUUGUCUGACACAGAAGAAAAUGGUUUAUCCGCAAUGUUUAUUGGCAUGUCAAAUUUCGAAUUGUUAUUAACAAAAGUUUUCAAUUCAAACAGAAAUUUGUCAAAAGUUUUUGCUGAUUUCAUUGGAUAUCUUUAUUUCGAAUCUGAAAAUUGUGAUAAUUUAAUCGAUUUGAUUUCUCACAAUAAAAUCAUUUAUAAUAUCACGAAAAGCAGCACUUCACAGAGUUUUAAUGACUUCUAUAAAAUCAUUGAAAACAAUGUGAGACAAGUGAAAGUCAACAAUUGUUUCAAAGACAUAAAACUUGAGAAACAAUUUCUUGUCACUUUUUCAGAAAAUUGCGAAAUUCCAGGAUAUUUGAAACAAAGAUAUCGACCGAUUUAUCUGAAUAAAGAACCAAAAGAAUUAUUAGUUCAAAAGAUAAGUGAAAUAAGAGAAGAAAUCAAACUGAAAAUCAAUAACCAGCUUGAUUUAGACAUCAUUUCUAAAUCGAUUUUUAAUUUGGAUCCUGUUCCUUUCAUAUACAAAACAAUGCAAAAGAAUGAAAUUUAUAUCAAAAACAAAAACAGAUAUUUCUUCAAUCUUCCUGAAUAUUUCUUGACAGGAGAAGUAAGAGCUCUUGAAGAUCCAAUUUCUUUGAUUUUACCUGAUAAUUUGAUCCAAACAAUGACAAAAAUCAAUAAUUUGUUCCAAGAAUAUGAACUUAUUUCUCCAAGAAGUCAAUCGCCAGAUAAUCCAAUACGUGUUCAUGCGAAAUCUCUUAAGAUUGUUUCAAAAUCUUUCUAUCAUUUCCUUGGUUUGUUUUUUGUUUCUCUCGGUGAACAAAUCAACAAAUUAAAUUUCUCUUGGAAUGAAUCAAAAAACAAAAAAAUUAAAUUCCUUGUUCAUGGUUAUAAACCGUUAUGUAUCGAAGUUUAUAAAAAAGUGACACUUAAAUGUUGUAACGGUUUAUUUAUAGAAGAUAUCAGCUUAAAAGACUUAGCGUUUAUCAUGGCACAAGAGAAGAGUUUGAAUCCUUAUUUCAACGAAAUAAUUGUUUAUUUAGAAAGUUUGAUCGAAAAAAGGAAGAUUUUAUACAAAGAAAACGAGAAAACAAUUUAUUUGUUGAUGAUUAAGAAGUUAAACAAACUCAGACAAUUAGCAAAACAAAAUAUUUUGCUAUCAGAGUUAAUAGAAAAGACUUUCAAUUCUGAUUUUGAUGAAAAUGAACACUUUUUGUCUUUCAUUUUAUCAAAAAGAAUUCCUUUGGUAAUUAAUGGAGAAAUGUCAUGUGGAAAAAGAACUUUCGCAAAAGGUUUCUUGGCAACAAACAAAAAACCAAAGGAUUCAUUUAUUUACGUUUCUCCUUUCAACCAAAACAUCAAUAAAGUUGUUUUCAACAAACUCAAAUUUGUAAAACAAAUGGAAUACAAACCAAACUUGAAAGGAGGAAUACUUUGGAUUGUUGUUUUCGAUUAUCAGUUGUGUUCACCUGAAAUCAAGAAUUUUGUCAAAAGUUUCUUACUUUUUAGAUCAAUUCAAACACCAGAAAACACAUACGUAAGAGUAUCAAAUAUCCAAUUGAUCAUUACAACAACAAAUCCAAAUAAGUUUUGUUUUGCACCUUGUCACUUUUUGAGUUGGGAAAAAGUGACAGAAGCUGAUGUUGAUCAAGUUGAUUUGUUCCAUUUCAAUGACGAAAUAUUAGACAAUAUUAAAGAAUUCCUCAAGAAACAAAACUUGUAUUUUGUCAAACAGUUUUUGUCAUUAACUUUUAACAUGACAAAAAUUUCGGAUAUUUCAAGAAUAUUUUCUAUUUAUUUUGGAUUGAAAAAUACUUCUGAUGUAUUCAAAUUACAAGAGAACGAAGUCAUUGAGUUCCAAAACAAUCAUUUCUGUGUUUCUGAUUUCAUUUAUCAGUUCAAUUUCGGUUCUUUGAUAAGUGAAGUCAUUUUUUCAAAAAUUCCAACGAUAAUUAAAACAGAUGAAUACAAAAUUUUCGCUGGAAUAAAAGGAACAGAAUUUGUUGUUUUAGACAAAAGUUCUCAUGGACAAAUUUUCACUUCUCUUGUUAAUAUCUCACAAACGAAAAACAAAAAGACAUUUAUUAUCGAAGCAUCGCAAAUUGAUGAUGAAUUGUUUGAUAUUUUGUAUUUCUUCUUGUAUUGUUCUGAAUACGCAACUCGUUCAACAGUUUUUGAUUUGACAGAUUUGCAGAUUUUCAAGAAUUAUUUGAACACAAAUCUCACACUAGAAAAAGCUUUUGAAACACUCAAAAGUUACAUCAAUUUCUUGAUUGUUUGUCGUGAAGACAAUUACGAGAAAAUUCCUUUGAUUUUCCGCCAGAAGAUGCCAGUUUUAGAAAUAAACAAAUCAUUGAUGAACCAAGCAAGAAUGGCAAAUAAUGAUUACGUAAAUAAACUCGUGAAAUACACAAACUUGAAUCUGUCAAUUUACGACAAAUUCACACAGGAUAGACAGAAGUUAUUGAAUGAGAAAACUCAAGAUUUCAUUGGAGAAAUUCAAUCAAUUACUUCAUUUUUCGGAAAUUUGACUUCACUUCGACCAAAAAUUGAUUUUGAUUUACCAAAAGAUGAUGACGAAGAUAUAACACAGAAAGCAGAACAAUUAGACAUCAAAAUCAAAGAAACUAAAAAGAAGAACACAAUUUUCGAAGAACAAAUCAAAGAUUUCACAAGUAAACUUGAUUUGAUCAAAAAAGAUUUGGAACAAAAUUUGCCAAAUCGAAUUAAAGUGGUCACUUCACUUAUCCUUAAAAUUGACAUUGAUAAUCAGAAAAGACAAGUUUUGAGAUGGAUUUCUCAAAGAGAUCAAACCUCCGUUUUAUGCGAUGCUUUCAAAGACAUAUUUGGAUAUGUAACUAUUUCCAUUUUUCCUGAUCCAAUAAUUGAUGGAACGAAAACAAACAUUGUUGAAAGUUUACUCAAUUUAAAUCUUGAGAAAAUUGAUCCUUUGAUAUCGAGUAAAAUCCAGAAAUACAACAAUUCGGAGAUCAAUUUCGUUAUAAAAGAAAACGAAAUAACUCCAAUAACAGAUAUAGAAAUUGUUGAUUAUUUCAUUAGAUGGUUCUCUGUUGUAAUACAAAUUGUUGAGAAAAACAAAGCCAAAAAUGAAAUUUCAAACGAAAUUUCUAACAUUAAAAACAGAAUUAGAUUGAACAAUAAGUUCCUCGAUGGUUUAUCCGAAUCUCAUGUUUCAGCAAUGGCUGUUCUGAAGAGAAGGGAUGAACAAACAGAAUGUCCAAGUUGGUUAUUAACUGCUUGGAAAAAUGAUAAAGAUGAUGUCAGAAAAUUAUUUAAUACUUUACAAAGUGCAGAACAAAUUUUAGAUUCAAUUAUAUCAGAAGCCGCCAGAAUUGACAUAAAGAACAAGAAUUUUUCAGCAGUUCAAGUUGCUUAUCAAUAUGGAAUUUGUUCUCUUUCAUAUGAAAAACGCCAUCAAAUAUUAAAAGAUUGUGAAUUACAAGAGUUUGACACUCCUUUCAAAUUAAUUGAAAAGAGAAUUACACUUGAUUUAUUGAAUAAUUCCAAAUCUGGUUCAUUGAAUUACUUCAGUUCUUCCACAUCAUCAAACUUAACUUCCAGGAAUUUAAGUGAUAGAACUUCCCAAAUGUUUAAUACUUUGGUUAUUUACGACCAAUUAUUCUUUAGAUCAGAAAGUGAUAGUUUAAUUGAUGAUUGCAUUGAUGUUUACUAUGAUCCACAAUCUAUUGCUUUGCAGCAUUUUUUAGUUGAAUAUGCAAUGAACACAAAGAUUAUUUAUGAUUAUAAUUAUGAAGAAGAAUUGAUUAAUUCAAUUGCAUCAGGAAAAAUUGUUUUUGCGUUUAUUGAUGAUUUAAAGAAAGGAUAUGAAUUCAUUGAUUUCGUAAGACACAUAACUUUGCAGAUACAAGCAAUGCAUUAUGUACAAUAUGGAGAACAAAGAAAACCAAUUGAAUUAUCAUUCAAAUUGCUGAUUUUCACAAAUCUCCAGGAUUUCAAACAUCCAAACAUCAUUUUGCAUGAUUACUCAGCAAGCAAAUUAGAAAAUACAACAUUCUUUGAACAUUUAGUUUGUUCUUACGUCAAUGAAACUUAUUGUACGGAGUUAAUUCAUUCUUUGAGAAAUGUAUCGAGUAUUAAUUCAAAUUUUCUGACUUCAAUGCGAAGAUUGGUUGAAUUAAGUCAUGAAUCAUGGCCAGAAUACUUCGAAAACAAUACAAAAAUGCUUCAAUUAAGAUCUAAUCUAGAGGGUUUCGUUAAUCUGGAUAAAUCAUUGAAUGAAGCCAUCAAAGAAAUGAAUACAAUUGAAAAGAAGAAAAAUGAAUUUUCUAAGUUGAAUUAUUUGUUGAGGAACGUUGUACAAAUGGCUAACAACAAGUUCUCUGUGUUCCAGUUGUUAUCAACUAUUAAGAACUACUUGAAAAAUACAAAAGUAAUGGAUCAGACAACAGCGAUUAAUAAUUUAGAAGAAAUUAUUUUGUAUUUUUUGGAAUUUUUGGAACCAAAAGAAAGAGUUUCAUUUUUGUCUAAUUUCGAAGCGAAAUAUCUCAUCGAAUACAAAUCUGCAAAAGAUUUCCUAAUAGAAGAUCAAUUUCCUAAACUCCAUGAAAGAAAUAUUUAUCCCUUAUUGCCUCAAGUUGUGAAUCAUAUUUUGCAGAAAUUGUCACAUUUUCCAAGAACUUUCUUUAUUACUGCAAGCAAAUCAACAUUUAGUUUCAACUCACAAGCUGAUAAUCCUUCUAUUAUCAUAGUUGAUGAUUUAUUACCUAUUGAUUUCAUUGCCAGAUUGUUGUAUCCUGAAAAAUGUUAUUUUCUGACUUCUUUUUUACUUCCAAAAAGUGAAGAUUUUGUUUUAUCAUUGUUCAAUUUAUGUGAACAAAAUGGUUCACGAGUGAUCAUUUUAUUUGAUGAUGCACUUCCGAAAUGGAUUAUUUAUUCUGUUCUUUAUUAUUCAAACGUUUUGAAUUUCGUUGAUUUUGCAAUUUUUACAUCAAAAAGUGACUUAGAAAAACUUCCAAUUUUACCUCAUGCAAUUUAUAGAUAUUUCAGCAGACCAUUUACAAAUAAUGGUGUUUCUAGUUUCCUUUCAGAAUUCAUUACUCAAAAUGUCAAUGAAUGUUUGCAUUAUUGCGGACCUUUGCUUCUUUUCUUCUCUAUUUUAAGUCAUAGAAAUGAUUUCAAAUUCCCAAUGCAAAUGUUGAUUCCUACUGUUAAUUUGGCGACUUCAUUCUUUGAACAGAAUUAUUUUGGCGACUUCAAUCUGAGGGAACUUUGGAAGAACUAUUUCAUCAACUACAUCGAAACAAUUUGUGGAGAUGUUGUUGACAAGAAUUCAUUGGUGAAACAAAUCGAGUAUUUCUUCAGACAAAACGAACCAAGUAUUCCUGGUUUAGCGCAUGUUGAUAGUCAGAACUCGAUUUACUUUGGAUCAGAAGUACCUCCGACAUUUAACAAUUCGUGCAUGAUGCUGAGUUUUGGAGAUGACAUUUCCAUUUACAAAAAUCAUAAAUGGAAAGAAUUUCUCGGAGAAAAGAAAUGUUUUUGCAUCAAAGAAUGCAAAGAUGGUCUCAAGAUUGAACACGUGAAACUAUCAAAUGCAUACUGGAAUCAUGACGAAUUGACAAUCAUUGGAACAGAUGAAAUAACAAUUUACGCAACAAAAUCUUUACAACUGAAUAUGAGUUCAACUGAACAACUCCCAGAUCCUAAUAAUUCUGUUGUUCCGAUUGCUGUUUAUGAUGGAAAUGAAUGCUUAGGAUUCAUCGAUCUCAAAUGCAGUGGCAAUCCAAUUCAAUGGGGAAUGGCUUCUGUUAGAGCUUUUCUUCCACCAAGAUAA